AUGCCUGGAAAAAAACCUAUUAAUUAUAGAAACCAAGGGGUAUCAACAAGAAGCCAGAAGACUAGAGCUGAGACAUCAGAAGCUGAGAUUAACAAUGACUCUUCAGAAGAAGUUGAUAUAAGUGAAUCAGUACAGAUUGAUAAUUCUGUACAAGUGGACAUUGUUGAAGAACCAGACGAAACAAGUACAAUGGCUCACAUACAAAUAAAAAAAUAUGAUGGAACCGAGUCACCUCAACUGUGGUACUCAAGCAUGGAGGCCUGGAUGACCAUUCAAAACUACUCUGAGCAAAAAAUGUUAAGUGCCUUACCAUUGAUUCUAGAGGGCCCAGCUGCUCUGUGGAUACAAACACAACCACAGGCUUCAACAGCAUCACUGGAAAAUUUCAAAACAGCUUUUUUUGAUAGAUUUGGAACAAAAGACAAUGACAUGACAUUUAUGUCAUUAAAACAGGAAAACUCAGAAACUGCCCUGGCUUUCAUAGAAAGAGCAGAAAAAACUGGACUGGGAGCUGCCUUACCAGAGUGUUACAAAGUUAAAGCUGCAACUCAAGGACUAUUACCCAGUGUCAGAGCAAGGGUUAUUGGAAAAGAACCAACAACUUUCCUAGAUCUCCGCAAAGCAGUCCAACUGGCAACAGAGGAACUCGAGUGUUUUGUUGACUCGUCAGAAGUAAAAAGCAUAGACUUGUUGGUUGACAAGUUUACACAAAUGACAAAAGACUUAUCAUCAACAAUAGUUCAACAGGUCAACCAACUCCAGCAGCAGCAGCAAAAUCAACAACGACGACAGCAGCAGCAGCCAUGGAAGCAAAGUCGACAGCAGCAACAGCACUACCGGCAAAGCAGAACAGACCACCAUCAUCAAUCACAAAGACAGUGUCAAGGUUGUGGUGUGAAUAGUGUAUUCCAACUGUGGACCAUUCUGGCUGUGAUGUUCCUCUGUAUACCCUUAGUUGUCACAGAUUCAUCACCAAUCCAAAGAUUGAAUUAUGGAAUAUUGUUUGAACCAACUGCUCAGUUACACCUUGGACAGGAAUAUUGGACCCACACAUUCAAGAUCCCUCUUCCCACACCAUCGUACCUACCAGGGAUUCCAACAUGUAAACGACAGACAUGUAAAAUGGCGAAUCAAGUUGUCGAUUCAUUGAACAAUCUACAUACUCAAUGUAUGUCUAAUGUCAAUUCUACGGUAAGAGAAAUUCAUCGUCUUAUUCCACACUCAUAUUUUCCUAAUACUCAUAGUUCUGGUAGAUCCAAACGUGGUUUACUGGACUUCAUUGGACAAAUUUCCAAGUCGCU